CCGGCCCUAUAUAUAGAGACACACAUACAUAUGUUAUUGAUGUCAAACCCUUCACCUACAAUGGAGAUGGGGAGAUCAAAUCUUGAUUCAGAACGGGAGUUUCCUCAAGAUUUCAGAUGCCCCAUAUCCAUGGAGCUCAUGAAAGAACCAGUUAUCAUCUCUACGGGUGUCACGUACGAACGAAAAAACAUCGAAAAAUGGUUCUUUAGCUACAAGAAGAAGACUUGUCCAGCCACAAUGCAAAACAUAGAAAAUUUCGGUGUUACCCCUAAUCAUACCCUCAAGAGACUCAUUCUUUUAUGGCAAAAUAGUCAUUCACCAUCACCAUCUUCAUCUUCUUCUUCAUCACCUUUGCCAUCGUAUAAGCGCGAUGAAAUGGUGUCAUUGCUCAAGACCCUCGGCUCGAGUCCCUUUAAGGUAAACUCUCUAAAGAAACUUAGAGAAAUUAUUGAGUUAGGGGAUGAGAUGAAGCUUGAUUUCAUUAUAUUAGGAGGGUUAGAUGUGCUUUUACAGUUAAUUGUUCAAAUAUUAUCCGAUUGUUCGGAUUUCAUGGUGUUUAGAGCGUGCGAGGAGGCGUUGGGUGUUCUUCAACAUCUCCCUAUAUCCGAAGGAGACUACGGUAUUAAAGUGCUUGAGGUAUUGUCGAAGCCUGAAUGUAUGAAAUCAAUGUCAAUUAUUCUUCAAAGAGGAAGUAAGGAUGCUAGGGUUUAUACAAUAACAAUACUCAAAAAACUAACACAAGCCGAUUUCAAUUGGAACGUUGUUGUUAAUGAAGAAGGGAUCGGUAUGUUCAAAUCAAUGUUGGAGCUUGCAUCAGAUGAGAUUUCAAUGAAGGCAAGUUCAUCUGCUUUACAAGUCUUGAUAAAGAUCUUAGACUCGUCGAAGAAAAGCCGGUCAAGGGCCAUAGAGGCCGGAGCAAUGUGUACCCUAGUUGAGCUACUACCCGACUCGAAUAGAUCCAAGUGUGAGAAGAUACUGCUUAUAAUCAAAUUAUUGUGUGAAUGCGCGGAUGGAAGGGUGGCAUUUAUUGAACACCGUCUAGGGAUUGGUGCAGUAUCGAAGAUAUUGUUUAAUGUAUCUGAGUCGGCUUCAAAGAUUUGCGUGAAGAUUUUCUCGUUAAUAUGUUGUUUCCAUCCAACGGAAAAGGUUUUGGAGGAGAUGAUGAUGUACGGGGCGGUCAAGAAGCUCGUGGUGUUGUUGCAUAUGAGUGGACCGUCGUCGAUUAAGAACAAAGUGUUGGAUAUGUUCAAGAAGCAUGGUAAUUCAUGGAGUCGAUAUCCAUGUUUUCCUAGCGAGUUGAAGGAAUACCUAUGUAUACAUAGUCGUCAUUAAGAAGGGAGAUAAUCACGUUUGAUCAUAAGUAUAACCCUUGUUUAUUAAUUGACACAAAGCAUAACGAGUGUAUGUGCAAAAAAUAUAUGAAAAAUUAGAAUAUACAAAACAUUAUUUUCCAUUUGUUCAUGUUGGUUUGAACUUUGAAACCAUCUUGAGUAUUGUAAUGUAUAAUUUUGUUCAUAGAAGUUAUAUAGUAUGAAUUAAUGUA